AUCCCUCAAGCAAACAUACAGAGUGAGUGACAGAGAGUUGGAGAAAACCUUCCCCCCUUUUUUUUUUAAGAAGAAAGGCAGAGAAAGAUGGCUUCUUUCCCCAUUAUUAACUUGGAGAAGCUUAACACUGAAGAAAGGCCUGCUACCAUGGAACAAAUAAAAGAUGCUUGUGAAAACUGGGGGUUCUUUGAGUUGGUGGAUCAUGGGAUUUCUAUUGAGCUUAUGGACACUGUGGAGAAGAUGACCAAAGAUCACUACAAGAAAUGUAUGGAGCAAAGGUUCAAGGAAAUGGUGGCUGCUAAGGGGCUUGAUGCUGUUCAGACUGAAAUUGAUGAUCUUGACUGGGAAUCCACUUUCUUCUUGAAGCAUCUCCCUGUCUCAAACAUCUCUGAAAUCCCUGAUCUUGAAGAUGAUUACAGGAAGGUUAUGAAGGAAUUUGCACAGGAGCUGGAGAAGCUGGCUGAGAAGCUCUUGGAUUUGCUGUGUGAGAAUCUUGGCCUGGAAAAAGGGUACCUGAAAAAGGCCUUCUAUGGCUCAAAAGGUCCUAACUUUGGCACUAAGGUCAGCAACUACCCUCCAUGUCCCAAGCCAGACCUAAUCAAGGGCCUCCGGGCACACACCGAUGCCGGUGGGAUCAUCCUCCUCUUCCAGGAUGACAAGGUCAGUGGCCUGCAGCUUCUCAAAGAUGACCAGUGGGUCGAUGUCCCCCCUAUGCGCCACUCCAUUGUUGUUAACAUCGGUGACCAGCUCGAGGUGAUAACAAACGGGAAAUACAAGAGCGUGCUGCACCGAGUGAUUGCUCAGACAGACGGCAACAGGAUGUCCUUAGCGUCAUUCUACAACCCGGGGAGCGAUGCUGUGAUCUUCCCGGCACCUGCAUUAGUCGAGAAAGAAGCAGAAGAGAACAAACAGAAGUAUCCCAAAUUCGUGUUUGAGGACUACAUGAAGCUUUAUGCAGGGCUCAAGUUCCAGGCCAAGGAGCCAAGGUUUGAAGCCAUGAAGACCAUGGAAAGCACAGUGAACAGCUCUCCAAUUGCCACUGUUUAAGAAAUAAGCCCCCAACUACAAAGAUGAACAAUUAUGCUGGAGUUUAAUGUAUUGGUACAACACUAAUCAAGUCUGUUAAGGUUGUUUCUGGGUUAUGUACUGUCAUUUGUAGUUUUCAUUAUGGGAUGAAUCAUCAAAUUAGCAAUAUUUUCUAAGCUUGGGUUUUCUCCUGAAGGCAAUAAUCCUUACUGGUGCAGUUUAAUAUAAAAUAAUCUCAGCUACUGUAUGAUGUGUGUGUGUGUGUGCUCCUUCACAUAAAAGGGAAUGUCUUGAAUAACAUCUUAUCUUAAAAGUCAAAAA